CAUUUUGCUACGCAGGAACGAUGGAUCGCAUCUUCAUCCUCGGAUUCAGCUCCCUCCUCCUCCUCUUCCUCUUCUCUUCCCCUGCUCACGCGGAGCCCCGCCUGUCAACAUCGUCCCCGCGCAGGUCCACACGCGCUCCGGCCGCCAAAGUGCGCCUGGCUGGAAACUUUGCCCGCGGACCUAACGAGGGUCGAGUGGAGGUUCUGCACAACAACACGUGGGGGACCGUGUGUGACGACGACGUGGACAUCAAACUGGCUAACGUGGUGUGUCGCGAGCUGGGCUUCCAGAGCGGCAUCACGUGGGCGCACAGCGCUAAAUAUGGAGAGGGAGACGGCCCCAUCUGGAUGGACAACGUGCGCUGUGAGGGCUUGGAGAAGAGUCUGAAGGAGUGCAAGCACAACGGCUGGGGCGUGCACGACUGCAAGCACGGCGAGGACCUGGGCGUGGUGUGCACCCCCGAGCGCCGGCUGGACCAGACAGGCUCACGCAGGGGCCACUCCAUCGCCCUCAGGCCCAACGUCAGCCCCUCACCCCAGUGGCAGAGCAUCUUGGCAGGCCGCCGGGGGCAGGCCUACCAGGGGAACGGACACCCCCCAGAGAUGCCACGCAGGCAGCAUCUCCAGCACUCGGGCUCCAGUAAGGUGCGUAUCCAGGAAGUGCGUCUGCGACCCAUCCUCAUGGCAACCAAGAGGAGCUCCCUGAUCACAGAGGGUGUGGUGGAAGUGAAGCAUGCUGGGAGAUGGAGACAGGUGUGCGACCUGGGUUGGAGUCUGAACAGUAGCAGGGUGGUGUGUGGCAUGCUGGGAUUCCCAGACGCAGCGCAGCACAACGCACACACCUACAAGAAAAUCUGGGACACCAAGGUGGCAGACCCGUCCACAAGGCUCAGCUUGAUGGCCAGUAAGAAGGGCUUCUGGGUGGAGAAGGUGCACUGCCUGGGUACCGAGAACAGCCUAUCAGAGUGCCACGCUCAGCUGUCCAUCCCGCGCAGCCCCGUCCCCUGUAAGAGUGGCAGGCAUGCAGUAGCCAAGUGUAUGCCUGGUCCCCAGUUUGCCCGCAUGUCGUCAGGACGCCCUCAAGCCCCCAACCCCACUGUGCCGGUGCGUCUGAAGGCGGGGCCACGUCUGGGAGAGGGCCGCGUGGAGGUGCUCAGGGAGGGGAAGUGGGGCACCAUCGUAGACCACCUGUGGGACCGGGUGUCAGCCAGCGUGGUGUGCAGGGAGCUGGGCUUCGGCAGUGCCAAGGAGGCCCUCACUGGAGCCUACAUGGGUCAAGGCACUGGUCCUAUCCACAUGAACAGUGUCCAGUGUCUGGGUUCGGAGAGGUCUCUCCUGGACUGCUACUUCCAGGAUGUUCCUCUGUGGACCUUUAAACACACCCAGGACGCGUCCGUGCGAUGCAGCGUCCCCCAGACUGGCCUGGAGAGCACGGUGCGUCUGGCGGGGGGCCGGGAACGGGCCGAGGGCCGUGUGGAGGUGCUGAUGGAGGUGGGGGGACGUAAGCGCUGGGGGGCUGUGUGCAGUGAGAACUGGGGCAUCAACGAGGCCAUGGUGGUGUGCAGACAGCUGGGCUACGGCUUCGCCUCCAGGGCCCACCAGGAGACCUGGUACUGGGCUGGGGCUGCUAAUGCAGCAGACCUGGUGCUGAGCGGAACACACUGUGUCGGAACUGAGCUGUCAAUCCAACAGUGUCGCCAUAACAACCACGUGCACUGCCCUAGAGGGGGCGGGACUAAGGCUGCCGGAGUCACCUGCUCAGAGACGGCCCCUGACCUGGUUCUGGACGCCCAGCUGGUCCAGGAGACGGCCUACCUGGAGGACCGGCCACUGCACCUGCUCACCUGCGCCAACGAGGAGAACUGCCUGUCGUCGUCGGCCGCCAGGAUGAGCUGGCCCUACGGCCACCGCCGCCUGCUCCGCUUCUCCUCACGCAUCAUGAACCUGGGCCGAGCAGACUUCAGACCCCGCGCCACCCGAGAGAGCUGGACCUGGCACGCCUGCCACCGACACUACCACAGCAUCGAGGUGUUCACACACUACGAUCUGCUGACGCUGAACGGGACCAGAGUGGCAGAGGGACACAAGGCCAGCUUCUGUCUGGAGGACACCUACUGUCCCGAGGGCGUGCAGAAGCGUUUCUCCUGCUACAACAUGGGGGACCAGGGCAUCUCCAUCGGUUGCUGGGAUACCUAUCGCCAUGACAUUGACUGCCAGUGGAUCGACAUCACUGACAUACGACCUGGGGACUACAUUUUCCAGGUGGAGGUUAAUCCCUCAUUGGACAUGGCUGAGUCCGACUUCAUGAACAACGUGAUGAGGUGUCGCUGCAGGUACGACGGACAGAGGGUCUUCAUGUAUGGCUGCCACGCAGGGGAUGCAUACAGUGCAGAGAUAGAGGAUCUGUUUGAACACCAGAGGCAGAUCUCCAAUAACUUUGUCUAGCCUGGUCUGGCCUGGCCCGGCCUGGCCCGGCCCGGUCUGGCCCGGUUCACAGGCCUCUCAGUGGACCCAGAGACUUCUCAGGGUGGGCCCUGCUGUGGGGGAUCCUAACCUCCUCACCCACUAACACCGUAAAAUUCACUUUAUGGCGCCUGUCCAAACUCCCAGGCCAUUGUGGACUACAUUUCCCAUCACACACCUCUGCAAGGAAGAGACCAGUACACAGACCUCACCCUCAACCCUCACCACCAAUAGCAGAUUAGCCAUACGGGUGGCGUGGAGGCGGCUUGGGGCUGGGGAUGGUGGGAAUGGGGGUGCACUGUCCUGAUUGGGCGAGUGCUUUACCUAUAAGAUUACUGGUGCUUGUCUAUUGGGUACUGUAAAACUGACGAUAACCUCCUUACCCCAGCUGUUAGGUACAGCUAUGCUUUGUCUUUUUGGAUUUUCAAUAGCAUAGUUGUUUGGAAAAUGUUUGUGUUUUUUUCCAUAUGCAGAUUAUUUUAUCUUAUUUCAAAGUAUUUAACUGCAGUAAGACUGUCAACAGUCAGUCAACAGUUAGUUCACUGUUUCGCCUUUUCCUCUGUCCUGAAAUUUAGUUUCCAAGAGGGUCAAUUGUUUUCAAAGAAAGUUGCACUUUAUCUAUGGAUCAUCAGUAUUCAAGCUUCUUGACCAAAUGCCCCCAACCUAGUUUGUUGCCAUUGGCCUUCAGCCAGUAUUGAGAUUUGAUUUGAUAUCAUGUUACCAUUCUAUAACUGGAACUGUCAAAGCAUUUUACUGUAGCUUUUUGAGAAACUGAAUUGCAAAUCUUUUGGUGCUUAUUUUGAUAUAUGUUAUGCUCUAUGCCACAGGUUAAUUUAUUUAAAGUUAUCACAUUUGCAUAAGGUACUACUUUUUAUAAAAACAUUUACUACCCCCACAUUGUAUUCUUCUAGGUAGUAGUUAACUAGAUUUUAACUUGAUUCCUUAGCUUGUUAUAUUUCUCAGCAGUUCCUAUGAAAACCUUUUUAUACCAUUGUACACCACAUCUGUAGUGAGCUGCACAUGUUGACGUUUUUCAGAAUCUGACAGAACAGAGUUGAGCAGGGAAGACUAAAGCAGAGGAAACCAGAGCAGAGUAGAAGACAGAAGAGCAGAACAGACUAGAGCAGAGGAAACCAGAGCAGAGUAGAAGACAGAAGAGCAGAAUUGAACAGAGUAGAGCAGAGCAGAGCAGAUUGGAGCAGAACAGAGUGGUGCCUAGUCAAGCCACAGUAUUGUGGUAGUAAAAGCCUUUUAAUCAGGUCUGUUUGGGUUGGGGUUAGGCUUAGUGGUUAGGGAUGGUAUGGACACUGAGGCUGUUAAAUAUGGGGAACACCAGCUGGGGGGUAAAACAGGAAGGUGAUGGAGUGAGAAUGAGAAAUUAAAAGGAGACCAAGGAGAGAAAGAGAUAGAGAGAGAGUAAGAGAGAGCGCAGAGUGAUAGUAAGAAAGGAGAAAGUCAGCGUGGAGAUAUUGAAAAGAAUAAGAGGUAAGAAAGAGAACUUUUGAAGCUGCUGUACAAACGUUUUAACUAGCAGAUCCAGCCCUCUCCAGGCAAGGCAGCAGACCACAGGGUGGCCCUCAACUCUCUGAAGAGAACAACAUGUUUGUCUGGGUGCAAAAAUAACCGUCCACAUGGAUGGUGGGCGCAGUCCACAGUGGCUGCUCUGUGUGGCGUGGCCUGCCCUCUCCUGCUGCCUCCCAGGACCCAAGCAGGGAUGCUUCUACCUGCUGCUUCUGUUUCCACCUCCUCCUCCCCUUUCUCCUCUUCCUCCACCUCCAUAUCCUCCUCCACGUUUUCUCCCCCAUCUCUUCCUCCUCCUCCACCUCUUCCCCUUCGCUUUUUUCCUCACGGUACCUGUGUGACUGGGUGACCUACCCGGCGACAGCGGCUGUGUGUGCUGGGCCUGGAUGAUGUGUUGUGGUCUGAGGUAAAGGAACAGAGAUGUAAGUGCUAUGAGGGAAGUGUAUAGUGUUGUUCUAUGGUCUGAGCGUGUGCUUGCUGACCUGAGGUGGGCGGCAGUUAUUAUAUUACAGCAGACUUUCAUUAUUAACUUUCACAGUGCUACACCUCCAUAUUACAGAGAUCAGUGUUCCCUCUCUGUCUACCCUGUAAGCCACCCAAGCUGUAGUUGAAACAAUAUUCAACUGAACUAGACCAUUUUACACAGCCAUUUAAUAAUGUCAAAGCUACAUUGCAGUUGUGUAAAUGUUUAAUUUUAUUGUUUUUGUGCUUUGUGUACAGUUGAGUACGUAGUCUGUCCUGUGUGUUAUUUAAGUUUGAUAUGGCCGUUUCAUAGCUUUGAUAACUCCUAACUUAUCGACACUCCUAACUUAUCGACAAUGCUUCGUCCUGUUUAGUUACUGUAUGUGUGUUCAUGCUGGCAUUGAGAUCGCCUGGGCAUCGCUUACGGAUCCUGCUAACC